CGAUAACCAAAUACGAGGACAAUAAAAAUCAAAUGUUAGUGCAACCAGGAACGGAAAAUGGCAGGGAUUCGAAUCUCAAUCAACCACCGAAGCACAUGCCGGCGAAGCAGCCAUUAAUUUGGCGUAAUAUUAUUGUCAUCAUCGUUCUCCAUAUCGUCGCAAUCUAUUUGUUUGCCACGCGAUAUCACGAAGCGAAAUUUUGGACCUGGAUGUGGUCAAUCUUAUAUUUACUGUCUGCUGGUUUUGGCAUAACAGCUGGUCUUCAUCGUCUUUGGGCACAUAGGAGUUAUAGCGCCAAAUUGCCACUUAGAAUACUACUUGUUUUUUUAUAUUGCUUGGCUGGCCAGACUCAUCCGUCUAAAUGGCUCCGUGUUCAUCGAACACAUCAUAGAUACACAGAUACAUGCGCAGAUCCACAUAACGCUAAUCGCGGCUUUUUUUUCUCACACAUUGGCUGGUUAAUGAUGAAGCAUCAUCCAGCAGUUAAGGAAUACGGUAAAAAUGUGGAUAUGAGCGAUAUCGCUGCUGAUUCUGUAAUACGCUUUGUUGACAAGUAUUACGCUCUGAUUAUGGUGCCACUGUGCUUUGUCCUGCCGGCUGUAGUACCGGUCUAUGUAUGGAACGAAACCUGGGACAUAAGCAUAAGCAGCGUAAUUGUCCGCUAUGUGUGGGCGCUGAAUUCAACCUUCUCUGUCAAUAGUUUCGCUCACUUGUGGGGCAAUCGACCGUACAACAGAACUCUUAAGUCAACGGAGAAUCCUGUGGUGUCCUUCUUUGCUAUGGGCGAGGGUUGGCACAAUUACCAUCAUUGCUUCCCGUGGGACUAUAAGGCUGCGGAGCUUGGCUUCUACCGUCUCAAUUUAACUACCGCUUUUAUAGAUUUCAUGGCUUGGUUGGGAUGGGCGUAUGAUUUAAAGACAUCAAACGUCAAGCUCGUCGAUAGACUUUGUGCGAAUAAAGGUGAUGGUACGACGAGCCUCUCAAGAGGUAGGAUAGAUAUUCUCAAGAUAUCAGAUGUUCUUUAA